AUGGGCUUAGAGAAGGUACUUCGUGAUUGCACCUCUCCGCUUUUCUAUUUUAUACACGAUAUCGCAGAAAUGGAAGUGUGGCAAUUCAACCAUCUACCUAGCUUUAAGCCACUCUAUCAUUUUACCAUACAUAUACCAGUACGCAUCCUCAUCUAUUAACUCUGGUUACUUGCGCGGCAACCUCCUGUAUCUCCAAGCUUUAAGCAUCCAAUACAUUAUGCACUUCCAACAAGCUCUCCCCACAAGCCUGCGAGACAUCGCCCAGCACCAAGAGUUGAGAAAUAUUACCAACAACGAGGGUGUUCCAAUGAAGUUGAUAAUUCAAGACUCCCCUCAUGUUUCAAUAACAACUCUGUUCAUGGCUAUGAUAUCAUUGCCGACAAUCCACUUCGUGGGGAAGCUAAGCGGGUUGCCCCCUUUCUUGUUUACGCUUCUUUCUAUCAUCUCGGUAUUAUACAUAAUGGUCAGUACUUAUAUACCUACCUACGUGACAAGACGAACAUGACUUUCUACAACCCUACCUCUCUUGAUAUUACCUUC